AGCCGUUGUGAGAGGGUAACUGACUUCCAACAGGAGUCCUGCGGGAAGUGGCUGGGUCAGUCACAGCCUGGAGCCUCAGUUUCCCUAUCCGGAAAACCGGCCGAUAACUCGAGUGCGAUCAGGAAUGUUGAUUAACUAAAAGGCUGGGCACGAACACGGGGCCCCGAGGCGCACCCCUGCGACCGAGGCCGGCGUCCGGAGGCCCGUCCUGGCAUCCGGCGGGGAGUCCGAACCCGGCACCCGCCGCGCUCUCGGUCCUCCCGUCUGGGGCCCCCGCGCCCCGCCGAGGUCGGCCCCUGCCUGGCGCAGAGAGGCGUGGCCGGCCCUCGAGCCCGCGGCGGCGGCCAUGGCCUCGGUGGUGGAAUACAAGGGCCUGAAGGCCGGCUACCACUGCGGCUACUGCGCGUCCAGGGAGGGCAAGACGUCGUGUGGCAUGUGGGCACACUCUUUGACAGUACAGGAUUAUCAGGAUCUCAUAGACCGAGGAUGGAGAAGAAGUGGGAAAUAUCUGUAUAAACCUGUCAUGAAUAAAACAUGCUGUCCUCAAUACACAAUAAGGUGUCGCCCUUUACAGUUUCAACCAUCAAAAUCUCACAAAAAAGUUUUGAAAAAAAUGCUGAAGUUUCUGGCUAAAGGGGAGAUUUCGAAAGGCAGUUGUGAGGAUGAACCCAUGGAUUCUACAAUGGAGGAUGCUGUUGCUGGUGACUUUGCAUUAAUAAACAAGUUGGAUAUAAAGUGUGAUCUUAAAACACUCAGCAGUGACCUCAAAGGAGGCAUAGAGAGUGAAGAGAAGAAGAAGGAAAAUAGUUUAAAGAAGGAAGGAUCUAAGGAAUUAAUUCAUCCACAAGCUAUAGAGGAGAAGUUGGGUUCUGGUGAACCAUCACAUUCAGUCAAAGUUCAUAUUGGUCCUAAGCCAGGUAAAGGGGCUGAUUUGAGUAAGCCUCCGUGCCGAAAAGCAAAAGAAAUGCGGAAAGAAAGGAAAAGGUUAAAACUCAUGCAGCAAAAUUCAGCUGGAGCCUUUGAGGGUUUCCAGGCUCAAGGUCAGCCAGCAUCUUUGUUACCAAAGGCUAAAUCCAAUCAGCCCAAGUCACUUGAAGAUUUAAUAUUUGAAUCUUUACCAGAGAAUGCGUCACACAAGUUAGAGGUGAGGCUAGUACCCGCCUCCUUUGAGGAUCCAGAGUUCAAGUCAUCCUUCAACCAGUCCCAUUCUUUAUAUAUCAAGUACCAAGUGGCCAUUCACAAGGAGACACCUGUUGAAUGUGGAAAGUCUGAGUUCACAAGAUUCCUUGUUGACUCACCAUUGGAGGCAGAGUACCCUGCUAAUGGACCGGAGUGUGGUUAUGGCUCCUUUCACCAGCAGUACUGGCUCGAUGGGAAGAUUAUUGCUGUUGGUGUGAUCGACAUCCUCCCAUACUGUGUGUCUUCCGUGUAUCUAUACUAUGAUCCUGACUACUCAUUUCUGUCUUUGGGUGUCUAUUCAGCAUUAAGAGAAAUUGCUUUUACUAAACAACUGCAUGAGAGAGCAUCGCAACUCAGCUAUUACUAUAUGGGCUUCUACAUUCAUUCCUGUCCCAAGAUGAGAUACAAGGGUCAGUAUAGACCUUCUGAUUUGCUGUGUCCUGAGACGUAUGUCUGGGUACCCAUUGAGCAGUGCCUGCCUUCUCUUGACAACUCCAAAUACUGCCGUUUCAACCAGGACCCACAAGCAGUGGAUGAAGGCCGCAGUCAGGACCUUAACCGACUACGGGUACUGCACAGGCGAUCCACCAUGCCUUAUGCUGUUUAUAAGAACUACCAAGAAGACCCGAGUGAGGAGGAGGGUGUUCUGGAGUAUGCCAACCUUGUGGGGCAGAAGUGCGCCGAGAGGAUGUUGCUGUUCAGAAACUGACAGCCUGCCCCAUAGCCCAGCACCAGCCUGGGUACCUGGUCACCGUCCUGCAUAUCUUGGCUUCUGUAGCCACUCACCAAGUACAUUCUUAGAGCUUUUAAAAAAUAUUUUGUGGAAUUGUAUUUAUGAGAAUCUUGUGGUUAAUAUAAAGAUUUUAAAAUACACUAUGAUCUAGCCCCUUAAUUGGGACUUGUCCUUUUGGAGUUUGCUUCUGGAACAAGGUAUGCUAAAUGUCUCCAGUAAAUAUUCUGGGGAGGAAAGUGAAGAAAUGAGUCUAAAGAAUUUCCUCACAUUACUGUUUUUGUCUUGGAAAAAUUCUAACAGAAAAGAUGGUUCUCAACCUGUGGGUCGCAACCCCUACAGGGGUUGUAUAUCAGAUAUUUACAUUACGAUUCAUAACAGUAGUAAAAUUCCAGUUAUGAAGUAACAAUGAAAUAAUUUUAUGGUUGGGUCACCACGUAAUGAAGAACCACAUUAAAGGGCAGCAGAAUUAGGAAGGUUGAGAACCAUUGACUUAGACUCAUACAAGAUGUUAGCUCAUGCUGGGAAAUUUAGGUGGGGUCAAAGGUGACAAACGCAUUCCAUCGCCAGGAAACAUGUCUUCCCCACAAACCAAAGCUCUGUUACUCUGUUCAAUAUUAAGUUCUGCCAGUGUUACAGUGUGUCAUUAAUAAACGACCUGAAAAGGCCAUGCAGACAUUGCAAAGAUCAGGUGUUCCCAUUGGGUGUGUGUCCAGGAUGGUCCUGCUAUGUCUGUUGUCUUGGCAUAGUUAUUUGCCUGGUAAAUCUUGAGGACCUGAGUUCAGUUCUCGAGAACUCAUGUAAAAAUGCUGGGUCUGGUAGUGAGUGUGCGCUUGAAAUCCCAGCACUGGGGAGUCAGAGGAGCGUCCCUGGAGCACUGGCCAGCAGCCUAACCUACUGAGUAACCUCCAGCACUGAGAGACCCUGUCUGAAAGGAAGUGGACUGCAGUCCUGAGGAUGACACCUAGCCCAGGCCUCCGUGCAUGGCGUUUUAUAGAGAUGUGUGCUUGUCUUUGAGCUCUUGAGUUGAGUGUGCACCGCAGCUAGUGUAGGGCAGUCAAGGCAAGUAUCCCAACUUUGCAUUUUGCAAAGUCUAUCUGAGAUACCUGAUUUCUUGUCAGUGGCUUUCAUCUAAAUAAAGACACAUGGAGCUUCCAGAGACUGUUUUUCUUUUCUCCAGGCAGGAGCUAUGCAUGUUCCAGCUCCUUGCUUUAGUCCCUUCUGAGUUCAGGUAGAUUCACACCUCCCUCCAUGACAGCACAGAUGUCAUUUUGGUUCUCAGUGUAUUAUCUUUAUUUAAAUUAUUUUCAGUUCUUAGAAUUUUGUUAUUUUUAUUAUAAAUAAUCUGAGCACUUUUUAUAUUCUAAGAUAGAGGAUAUAUUAUCAGAUAAAUAUAUUCACUCAAUUGAAAUUAUUUAGAUAAGAGAAAUUACUGUUUAUGUUUUCUUUCAAGGAGUCUAUCCUAUUUUUAUCCAUUUGCAAAUGCCGGUUUUGCGUGGUUUCUUAUCAUAUCAAAAUUAUUAUGUAAAAGAACCUUUCCAGCUUUCUGAACAGCAAAUAGUUUGGUUUAUAAAUAUUAUAUUAUUUCAGUAUGAAUAAAGGUGAGAGAAUAUGAACACUUACCCAGAAUGAUUCUACUGUGGCUGACUUAAAAGAAGGAAAUGAAGUGGGAAUUUGAUAUGUUUGAAUUACAAGUUAUUCAAAUGUGUGUUCCUUUCCAAAGGAAACCAGUGACUAUAAGACAAAGUAACUUUGAUUGCAUUUGGUAGUUUUGCUCUUCUAAAAAAGACCAAAAUGAACAAAAUAAAGCUGUUUUUACCUGCA